AUGGAAGACCAAAACAACAGCUCAUAUAAAGAAACUAUAAAAAUACUCCAGCCUAUUUCCCAAAAAGCAAAGCAUAUUGAAAAUAAGUCUAUUUGAAUUAUGAGAGCUGAAGAAAAUAGCGAAUAUGAGCUAUUGAACAAAAUUCAAAGCAAAUAUAACAGAUUUGAUAAUGAGUUUAAUGUAAAUAAAAGCAGAAAUGCAUUUUCACAAGACUCAAAUUUGAGAGAAAUAUCUAGCGCUGAUAUAGGAACUCCUAAGAAAUAUUUGUGAAUGCCAAAAAGCCGAGCUUACAACUUUGGGUUUAUGAGGCCUUCAACAUCACUUGCAAAUAAAAGAAUAAAUAUAGAACUUCCAAACUAUAAAGAAAAGCUUAGCCCUAAAAACGCAAAUUUCUUUUUUAAAGAAGACUGCCAACAAAAUAUUAGGCUUUUCCCAAAAAGAUCGGAAUUCCUGAAAUUGCGAAAAGCGAAAGAAAGAAUUUCUAAGAAAAAAAUGAAGUGAAGGCUGUUAGAGCGAAAUAAUAACAAUAACCAGAUAGAACUGGAUUACGGUUCUAAUAUUAGUUUAAAAAUGAGUAGAUGAAAAUUAAUCCUUAUUUAUUAA